AUGGAAUUCACGUUGACUUAUUACUGUAGUGGAUGUAAAACGUUCAAACCUAAACUGGAAUUCAAGAGUAAUCGUGACAAUAUUUCACAAUUCAAAACUUGUAGUAAUUGUCACCGAAGACUAGCUAAUUACUUGGAUCAUAUUCUUAUAGAGUUAUUAGAAGAUGCACAAGAAAAUGGUCUAGAAUUUAAUUUCUGUUAUGAAAUAAUUAUUGAUGAUCAUAGCUCAACUAAGGAAAUUGCAAAUAAUGUUGUUGGAUUAAUCGAAGAUAUUGAUAAAUACAAUUGG